UUCAGAGCUGCAUUGAAGUGAAGACCGUGUGUGAAGACAUCUCUUUCUCUGAUAUCACCUCUGCUUCCAACAGAAGAGAUCACCAUGUUCCUUUCUAUUGCUUCUAUUACAGCCCUGCUACUCACUCUGUCUGGUAUGGAAGCUCUCGUACUGACCCAGGAAAAGUCCCUCUCUGUGAACCUGCGAGAUAAUUUGAAAAUAUCCUGCGCUGUUAGUGAUAGCUCUCGGACCUGGACAAUUUCAUGGUACCGACAGAAGGCUGGAGGUGGCCCAAGUUUUUUGCUUGCUGACACCACAAGAGCAGCUGGGCUUCCUAACAGGUUCACAUAUUCUGAACCAGGAUCUGGCUACACUGAGUAUCUACACAUCAAUGAAAUCACGGCUGAGGAUGAGGCAGUGUAUAUCUGUGCUUGUGUUGGUGGCUGUGGCACCAGUUUUGGACAAGGAACUGAAGUCACCAUUGCCCGUCCUCCAUCACCCCCUUCUCUGGUCCUGAUGGCCCCAGCCCAGGCCCCUCUCUCUGGGGACAAAACCACCCUGGUGUGCCUGGCGCAGGGCUUCCACCCUGACGGUGCCUCCCUGUCCUGGUCUGAUGACGGUGGCUCUCUGACGGGUGCUGAAGUCCAGAAGGGCGAGUCUCAGCGCCAGGCUGACGGCACGUACACCCUGAGCAGCCUCCUUAGUCUGCCCUCAACACGCUGGAGCUCCGGACAGACCUUCACUUGUCACCUGAGCCACUCAGCACUGACCAACCCACUGAGCAGGAGUGUGAACAACGGGCAAUGUUCAAUGUUCGGUUAGGUUUGCAUUUCCCCCACUAAUGGUUAAGAUUAGGAUUGAGGGAGGGGAAGCUGAUCCUAGAACUGUCCCCCCCAGCAGCAGUGU